AUGCCGUCUCGGCCUCUCAAGGAGCCGGAAUCCGAGAUCGCGGGGCGAGAACAAAAUGCUGGCAGCAGUUCGACCUCCUUAGCCCAAAGUGUCAGUAGCGUUGUCCCCUGGGCCCUCGGCCUCUCCCUGCAGCAGGUUACGAAGAAAUCCAAGCAUUUCCAGGAUGUUUGGACAGAGUGUAAUGCAUUCCUAUCAGUAGGACUUCAGGUCAAGCAGGAGACAAGGCACCGCCAAGUGUGGGGAGGCCCAGAUCAGAACACCAGCGUCACUGCAGGGAGCGCAGCCCCAUGCCUGGUGGGGCCCGGCAGCCCCCGCUCCUCGCUUCGCCCGCCUCUGUUUCUACCGAGCGGAGCCAACCAGGCAGCCGCCGCCCCAGGGGCCCCGCCGGAGAGCUUCGGGAAGCGAGCGGGCGAGUCAGCAAGGCAGCGGCAGAGCAGUCAAGGCUUGCUCCCAGGUGCGCCCGGCCUGAAAGGGACAACGAGCGGGCAGCGCAACUUCCCUCCUCGCUCGCUCGCUCAGCGCUGCCAAGAAGCCCGCGCCAGGACCUCUCCCGAAGCUGACCGGGUCGCGAAGCACACCGGCGGCGGCGAUGGGCCGGCACGAGUCCAUCGGGACGGGCAGGCGGCGUUCGCUGGCCGUCGGGAUGGAGACCUCGCCGGAGCUCUUGGUCCCGCUGGCGAUGAAGACGUGGAGGGCGCCGGUGGCGGCAGGGUCCUCGGAGGGCUUGAGGUCAGGUUCCAGGGCGGCGGCGGCGGCGGCGGCGGCGGCGCGAGGCUCCCCGCUUGCCGCGCUGUGAUCGGGCGCCGCGGGGGCCGAAGCAUAUCGAACCGCUCUGAUCCAAGCGAGACGCCGGCCAUGGAGAAGAGCCGGCAGCAGCAGCAGCAGCCGCCGCAGCAGCUGCAGCAGCUCCCCCCGACGGCGGCCAAGAGCCUGGCCGUCGCGCGGGGCAGCAUGCUGAGCGCGCCCAAGCCCCUGGCCUUCUCCAUCGAGCGCAUCAUGGCUAGGACGGGCCCGGAACCCCAAGCCGUGCCGCUGCUGCCCCAUUUCCUGCAAGGGGGAGGUGGGACCCCCAAAGCGGCGGCAGCCACGGCAGCGGAGCAUCUGAAGCCGCAGCAGCAGCCGGCGCUCAGCCUGGGGCCCUCCAUCCCCUGCAUGAUCCCCUUCCUGCCGCUGGCCUACGAGCCCUUCGCCAAGGCGGGAUCCGAACCCAGGAAGACCCCCUUGGAGCCGGCCUCCUCCUCUUCCUCCGCCUCGUCCGCUCUGAGCUGCGGGCUCAGCCUCAAGCCCCAAGCCGCCGAGCCGCCCCUCGGCCUGCUGCAGCAGCCGCCCCACUACAAGCUGGUCCGGCCGCGGGUGAUCAAGCACUCCUCCUUCCACGCCCUUGGCGCCCUGGGCUACUUCAGCCGGACGGCAGAGCCGCAGCCGCAGCCGCCGGGCCUGAGCCUGCACCCGGUGGCCUCCUACUUCUUGGGCUCGUCGCUGCCGGCGCCCGCCCUGCAAGACCCGACGGCGCCCAAGACCUACCUGGCCGAACGCAACAAGCUCCAGGCGCUGCCGUCUGUGCCGGAUAAGUACCCGCAGGCAGCCUUCAAGGACCUAGCCCAGGCCCAGCUGCACAGCGCCGCCGCCGCCGCCGCCGCCGCCGCGGCUCACCUCCUAGCGUCGGAGAAGCUGCCCUUCAAGGGGGUGGCGGCCGACUUCAGCCGCGGCUCGCCCAGCGCCAAGCCCAAGGUCUUCACCUGCGAGGUCUGCGGCAAGGUCUUCAACGCGCACUACAACCUGACGCGCCACAUGCCGGUGCACACGGGGGCCCGGCCCUUCAUCUGCAAGGUCUGCGGCAAGGGAUUCCGCCAGGCCAGCACCCUCUGCCGCCACAAGAUCAUCCACACCCAGGAGAAGCCCCAUAAGUGCAGCCAGUGCGGGAAAGCAUUUAACCGGAGUUCCACGUUAAACACCCACACGCGAAUCCACGCAGGCUACAAACCUUUCGUCUGCGAGUUUUGCGGAAAAGGCUUCCACCAAAAAGGAAACUACAAAAACCACAAGCUGACCCACAGCGGCGAGAAGCAGUUCAAGUGCACCGUUUGUAACAAGGCCUUCCACCAAGUCUACAACCUGACCUUCCACAUGCACACGCACAACGACAAGAAGCCCUUCACCUGCCCCACCUGCGGCAAAGGUUUUUGCCGGAACUUUGACCUCAAGAAGCACGUCCGCAAACUGCACGACAGCGGGGGCGGGGGCGCCGCCCUGGGGCUGCCCCGCAGCGGCAGCGAGCCAGACCUGCCGCCGCCGCCGCCGCCGCUCCACCGCCCGUGA